UGCUUAUCAAAUAAAAAUUUCGAAAUAGUUGACGCUUAAAGCUAUUCGAAUCCGGACGCUUUCACGAAGUGACGAAGUGUCAUAUUGAUAAGAUGUGAAUACUUAAAUACGCUUAAUUUCUAAGCAUUGAUCUAAGCGGCGGAAAAAAAUACACACACAAUCACGCUGCGAAGGUUGAACGUUUAAAUAGCUGUAACUAAAAUAGGCCUGAUCCACUAACAACUUAUAACGCCCCUCAUAUCAUUUUAAAUAAUGGCUUACUAGUGGGUUCUUUGUCUCUAAAAUUAUUACUAAAACGAAAUAAGAACGUCUAUGUGGCAUUCCUGUUGGCGUUAUCGACAUUUAUCGAAAAUAAUUUGGAAUUCCCCAUUUUAAACAUCAUAGAAACAGUCUUUGGCGUUGUAAUAAUUGAAAGCGAUAUAGAAAGGAGCGCGAUCAUUUGAGCGUCAGUGUCGUUUCAACAGUUGCGAAAUCGAAACAUUCCGUUUACUAAGCUUUUCGAACAGAAAACAUAGUUUUAUUACUAGCAAAACCACAAUGGUCAUCAGCAGCUAUACGUGGAAUCUCGCCAAUCAAUGUUUCAUUUUGGCUAUAACCGUUUGCAUGUCGGUGAAAUGUGCGCAAAUGAAGUUCCAAAAGACUGCCACACACGCAUUUCUCUGCACGCUUGGGUUUGUUUUUCUCUCGGCCGAGGGCAUGAUGGUGCGUUGCAACAAUAAUUGGCUAACACGCUCGCUGCAUCCAGAUACAAAGACAACGCUGCACUUUUGGUUGCAAUUGAUUGGUGGUAUUUUAGGCGUGGCGGGUACGCUGCAAAAAUCACUGCCAAAGGAACACCAUUUUCGCUCGUGGCAUGGAAAGCUGGGUUUGGCUGCUUGUGUGUUCUUUGUGAUCAACUGUCUCUCCGGCUCUUUGGGUUUGUACUCCUGGGGUUAUCGACAGUAUGUGUCGCCUGCAGUUAACAAUUUCAUUCACAACUUUCUCGGUUUGCUAACAUUUGUCACUGCGAUGCUGGCUCAAUACACCGGCUAUAAUACGGGCUUCUUUCGCCGCAAUUUAAAGGAGCAUGAAAAAUUCUAUAAAUACUUGACAGCGGCCGUUUUGGUGUUGACCACAUGGGGACCAUUGAUGAUAUUUCUGCGGAAGCUCUAAUAGUUUAGAAAUUAAGUAGUUAAACAUUAAGCAAUAAGUUUUCUUUUUAAGGAAAUGUGAUUAUUGUACAAAGUUCGAAUUUAGAAGCGUGUUUGUGACUUAAAAAAUUAAACAGCAAAUGAUUUCAUAUUAUUUUA